UUUGUCUUUAAAGUUGUUUGGAGUCGAGUCCAACGUAUUGCUUGUAAUUAGUUAUGAUAUUUGCGAUGAGUUUUAAUUAAUGAAAUCAUAGUUUUUGUUCAAUUCAUGUUUGCCAAUAGACUGUGAGACAACACAAUAAUAGAGUUCUUGCGCCACAUUUAGCUCACCAGGAGUUUAGCGAUUUGAUUGUUAAUAACUUUUCGUCGACUCAUACAAGUGCUGUCAUAGUAUGGAAACCCAAUUGCUCUCUCCAUGACUUAAGUGGCAACUAUUGAAAUCAAAUACAAACACAACAUUGUUAUCAGACAACAGGACUAACUCUCAUAACACUUAUCAUUGGUUUGAGUUUUGUUGCCUUUCGUUCAUAUGUUAUCGGUUUGAAUGUUAUGAAUAACUGUUGGAAUUAAUAUGAUAUAUGUGGACGAGACUGAACCCGAUGAAGAAGCCGAACCGCCCUUUAAGCCCAGGAAAGUGGUCGUCAAAAGCAAAGAACCACAAAACGAGUACAUUCUGGGAGAGGAGUUGGGCCGAGGCAAAUUCGGAAUAGUGAGGCGAUGUACGGAAAAGUCCACCAAAAAAAAAUUGGCCGCCAAAUUCAUUAUUAUUAACCGCAUCGAUGACCGCCAAGAAGUGGAACGGGAGGUCGAUAUCAUGCGAUCUCUACAACACCCCCGACUCCUACAACUUUACGACGCUUUCGAUGACGGAAAGACUCAGAUGUGUCUUAUAUUGGAGUGCAUCGAAGGGGGAGAACUGUUUGAAAGAGUGAUUGACGACGACUUUGUCUUAACGGAGAAGGCGUGCACUAUAUUCAUGAGACAGAUCUGUGAAGGGGUUGAAUACAUUCACUCGCAAUCUAUUCUUCAUCUCGAUAUGAAGGUAUGCAUCAGUCUAUUGUCACUAAUAUACUACAAUAGUAUCCAUACGAAACAC